AUGGCGUCUGAAGUAGAGUUGGCGCAAUCUGCACAGCCGGGAGGAGAUACAAUAUUUGGAAAAAUUAUUCGAGGAGAAAAAAAACACAUUUUUUUGUAUGAAGAUGAACAGUGUGUAGCUUUCAAGGAUAUUGCACCACAAGCUCAAGUCCAUGUUCUAGUUGUACCCAAGAAACAAAUUGUUAAGCUUUUAGAUGCACAAGACUCUGAUGAUCAGUUAUUGGGCCAUCUUCUCAUUGUAGCCAAAACAGUUGCUAAAGAGCAAAGCCUAGAAAAAGGGUUUCGAAUCAUCAUCAAUGAUGGGAAAGAUGGUGGUCAGUCUGUGUACCAUAUCCAUAUCCAUGUUACUGGAGGUAGACAGAUGGAAUGGCCACCAGGUUAGGAAGGGAUAAAUAUUCCAAGUGAACUGAACAAUUUAGGCUACAGUGAUAAAAAGUUUAAAA